AUGAUACUCAUUCAUAAACUAUAUGCCAUUUUGACAUUACUACUCUUUCCCUUGAUCAAUGCGGAGGGAUUUUCCCCCAGAGUAACAAAGACUAUUUCGGAACAUUCGAUCGGUUUAUGGAGUUUUGAUGAUUCUAACACUCUACUUAGAACGCAAGGUGAUUCCUUGGCCAUUAGUUUUGAUGCUGGGGAAAAAUGGGAAAAGAUCAAAGACAUUGAAGAGAAUGUCAAUUGGGUAUAUAUGGACCCCUUUAAUAGACACGACAGAGCAAUUGCAACUCCAAUGCACGGAUCAUACUUCUACAUGACCGAUGAUCAAGGUAAAUCGUGGAAACUUAUAACCAUAGAGGAUUCUGAAGAGGAAUCACCAGCUAUUAAUUGUGAUUUAGCUACCCAUCCCACAAACAAACAAUAUCUUAUUGUAAGAUGUAGCUACUAUAAAGAAGGAGAAGGUGGAGACGACGGCUCAAAUAUAGAAUCGCGUUGUUUUGAUAAAACUUACGGAUCAAGUGACGGUGGGAAGUCCUUUUCUGAGAUCAAAUCUUCCUUAAAGAGUAACGAGAAAUACCCUCUUAGCAUCACUCGUUGUGACUUCAUCAAAUCUAGCAAAGAUUCUGAUUUGGGGAGUAAUGAUGCCUCAAUAAUUUGUCUUUACCGAAAUUCUGGUUUCCCUGAAGGUGAGUACGGUGAUUACGGAAUUACUAUUACCGAGUCGCAACUGUUUUUAACUACUGAUUGGGGUAAAUCGGUCAAAGAAUUCGAUCAAUUUAAAGAUAAAGCCGUUGGUUCAUACGAUGUGUUGAAGUCUCACGUCGUCAUCUUAACCCAAGGUGAUAGAUACAAUAAGAUGUCCUCUAUGGAUAUUUGGAUAUCUAAUGAUCUGUCAACUUUCCAACUGGCUCAUCUGCCUACCCAACUAAGACACACAGUCCAAGGACAGAUAUAUGAAGACUCUAUCGGAAGAAUCAUCGUACCUAUAUCUAGAGAAACGAAUGAUAAAGAAGACGACAAAUCCAUCACGUCAAAAAUUUUAAUCUCCGAUUCUCAGGGUUUAAAGUUCACUCCCUUUGAAUGGACCAAUAAUGAACAGUUUGGACAUACUAAUCUUGCCCAACCUGAUUUCUUAAAGGGAACAAUGAUUGGAUCGUUUUCCCCUUCAUUUAGCGAUCACGAUGGAAAAGGCAAGGAACAGAGAAGUAAUAAAAAAGCCAAAAUAUCCGUUGAUAAUGGUGCGACAUGGGCAAAUUUGAAAGUUGUUGAUCCAGAGAAUGCAGAUUCAUUUGGCUGUGAUAUUACCGAUCCCGAGAAUUGCUC